AUGCUUCCUUCCGAUGCUCUGCUUCGCAGCAAGAUUCGAUGUCUCGGCUUUGGGCUGAUUGUUGCCAGCCUGGUUAUGACAGGUCUGUUCGUCACGGUCAUGGCCAUGACUCCCUGGGAGUACCGCCGCAGGUACUCUGCACUGUUUAUCAUUCCGCUCGGCUGCACGGUUGUUGUGGGAACGAUUGCCCUGGUCUUUGACCGUCAGCCAGCACAGCAAGUGGAGCCGGCCAGGAUCCGAGAGCGCAAGUGCCUUUGGGCCUCGCAGACCUUCGAGGGAAUCGACGCUGACCGUCCUGAGCUACACUGCGUUUGCGUGAAGUGCGUGGAGGAUUCUGCCGAAUGGGUGGUGUCCAAGCAGCCCUCCAAAAGCCGAGCAAGCUGCGCCCAUUGUGCGACGACAUGCAGCUGCUGCCUGGAAGACUUCGUUCCUGACAGCCAUGUGGCCAUUCUGCCAUGUGGACAUGUCUUCCACGAGGAGUGUAUAGCCACCUGGUCCUUGUCUUUGUCGGCCUCGUCCUGCUUGUGUCCGACAUGCCGCGUGAGUUAUGGCUGGACUGAAGAAGAAGUCUAG